AUGGCGCCAAUCAACAAACAAAAGAGUAAUUUAAGUAGUAAUUACGGCGAGGACAUUGUCCAGCGUGUUAAUGUCCUUGCCUCCUGCUACAUCGCCGACUCUACUUCCGGCCUCAAGGGCAUCCAUUACUGCACUACCGGCGCCACAGGACUACCCUCCCCACCAACAAGCCCCCCCCUCGCCGCACUAACCUCGUCAAACGAGCUCGCUCUCCUCCCCAAGCGGAAGAGCGAGAUCCCAGGUCGUCGCCUGGGGCGGCGAGGGGGGGCAGCACUCUCGAUCAGGGAAGAAUGUGAGAGAUUCUUCUGUGGGUCCAUGAAGACGGUUUUCCUUGGUGAGAGGAGUCCGUCGACGAAUGGUCCCAGCCGGUCAGGUGCUUUUUUACCGACACCGCCGCCAGACAACCAGUUCCCGGACCCCUACCGCCGCGGAAGCGAGGUGGACAUCAAGCGUUCCGGCUUCGAGGCCGAAUCGUGGAUGGAGGUCUGGGACUACGCGGGCGGCGCGAGCUUCCGUGCCUUUGUUGCCAACAACGGCCGGGAGAGAUCGCUCUUUGUCUUCUUUGACGUACAGGGCAUGCUGGGGAGAGACUUGAAGAAGGCUCUCAUGGCGCUCAUCGAGCUCAGCGAUGGUCCGCUGGACUGCUCUCACAUCGUCACAUGCAUUGAUCGCCGCAUGUCCGCUGGAGAUGCAAUUGAGUUGACAAAGAGCCUCCAAUGGGUUGGGUUCGAAAUGACCACCCUGGACCAUUGGGCUGAUGACCUGGACGUGACCAGCGACAAGUGGCUGUUCAUGGGCAUGGAGGUCUAG